AUGGCUUCGCAUCAGCAAUACGAAGAGGCCCCUGACGGCCAACACCAAGAGUACUAUGACGAUGGCUAUGAGCAGCAGCCCUACGACGCCGCCUACGACAACUACGACCAGUACGGCGCCCAGGCUCAGCAGUACGACCAGGCCGCCUACGCCGACGGUCAGUACUACGACCCUGAGGACCCCGCCCAGGCUGACGCCGCCUACCACCAGGGCGCUGGCUACUACCCUGCCGAAGGCCAGGGCGAAUACUACGACGAGCAGUAUGGCCAGUACCCUGCCGACGCCUACCCCGCCGCUCCUGCCGACGGAAAGCGUCGUGGUCGCGACUCUGAGGAGGACUCCGAGACCUUCUCGGACUUCACCAUGCGCUCCGACAUGGCGCGUGCCGCCGAGAUGGACUACUACGGACGUGGCGAUGAGCGUUACCAGCAGUACGACGAUGGCACUGGCCAAGCUCGUGCCUACCGUCCCGCGUCCUCGCAGGCCUCGUACAAUGGCAAUCGCUCUUCCGGCGCUUCCACUCCCGUCUACGGAUUGGACUACCAGAACAACUUUGCCAACACGCCUGCUCUGUCGCGUGAGCUCUACCCGACCUGGACUCCUGACAACCAGAUCCCCAUCACCAAGGAGGAAAUCGAGGACAUCUUCAUCGAUCUUACCAACAAGUUCGGUUUCCAGCGCGAUUCCAUGCGUAACAUGUUUGACCACUUCAUGGUCCUUCUUGACUCGCGCGCUUCCCGCAUGACCCCCAACCAGGCCUUGCUCUCGCUCCACGCCGACUACAUCGGUGGUGACAAUGCCAACUACAAGAAGUGGUACUUCGCCGCUCACCUCGAUCUCGACGACGAGGUUGGAUUCCGCAACAUGAAGAUCGGCUCCAAGAAGCACAACAAGAAGAAGUCAAAGAGCAAAUUCUUCUCCAAGAAGAAAGCCAACGUGACUCCGCAGGUUGCCCCUGCCGAGAACAUCGAGCAGACUCUUGAGGAGCUUGAGGGCGACAACUCGCUCGAGGCUGCCGAGUACAGAUGGAAGACGCGCAUGAACCAGAUGUCGCAGCACGAGCGCACUCGCCAGAUUGCGCUCUACCUCCUCUGCUGGGGUGAAGCUAACCAGGCCCGUUUCUGCCCUGAGCUCUUGUGCUUCGUCUUCCGUUGCGCCGACGACUACUACCACUCUGCUGAGUGCCAGGCCAAGGUUGAGCCCGCUCCUGAGGGCGAGUACCUGGAAGGCAUCAUCACGCCUAUCUACAUGUUCUUGCGUGAUCAAGGUUACCAGGUCAUUGAUGGCAAGUACGUCCGCCGUGAGCGCGACCACAACAAGGUCAUUGGUUACGACGAUGUCAACCAGCUCUUCUGGUACCCCGAGGGUAUUCAGCGCAUCAUCUUGGAGGACGGCACUCGUCUCGUCGAUAUCCCCGUCGAGGAGCGCUACCCCAAGCUUCGCGAGGUUGACUGGCAGAACGUUUUCUUCAAGACCUACUUGGAGACUCGCUCGUGGUUCCACAUGGCUGUCAACUUUAACCGUAUCUGGGUUAUCCACAUCACCAUGUUCUGGUUCUACACUGCCUACCACUCUCCCACGCUCUACACCAAGGAUUACAAUCAGAUGAUGAACAACCAGCCCAAGUCGCAAUUCCGUUGGUCUGCCGUCGGUCUCGGUGGUUCUGUCGCCUCGCUUAUUAACAUCGUUGCUACCGUCUCCGAGUGGGCCUUCGUUCCCCGCAACUGGGCUGGUGCGCAGCAUCUUACUCGUCGUCUCAUGUUCAUGAUCAUCAUCUUUGCAAUCAACUUUGCGCCUGCUGUCUACAUCUUUGGCUUUGUUGACCUCGACGAGGAUAACAAGGGUGCUCGCGUUCUUGGUGUCGUCCAGUUCGUCAUUGCCAUUUUCACCUUCAUCUACUUCAGUAUCAUGCCUCUGGGUUCGCUCUUUGGCAAUCUUACUUUGAAGAACUCUCGUCGCUAUGUUGCCAACCAGACGUUCACUGCUUCGUUCCCUCGUCUUCGCAACAACGAUAUGUGGAUGUCCUACGGUCUCUGGGUUGCUGUCUUCGUUGCCAAGUACGUUGAAUCGUACUGGUUCUUGACUCUCUCCAUCCGUGAUCCCAUUCGCAACUUGAGUACUAUGAAGAUUGAUCGAUGCACUGGUGAGAAGUACUUUGGAAAGGUUCUUUGCCGUCGUCAGCCUCUGGUGGUCUUGAUCAUGAUGUACAUCACUGAUCUCGUCCUCUUCUUCUUGGAUACCUAUCUCUGGUACAUUAUCUGGAACGCUGCCUUCUCGGUUGCCCGUUCGUUCUACCUUGGUGUCUCUAUCCUCACUCCUUGGCGUAACGUCUUCUCCCGUCUUCCCAAGAGAAUCUACUCAAAGGUUCUUGCCACGACUGAUAUGGAGAUUAAGUACAAGCCCAAGGUUUUGAUCUCCCAGAUCUGGAACGCCAUCGUCAUCUCCAUGUACCGUGAGCACUUGCUGGCUAUUGAUCACGUUCAGAAGCUCCUCUACCAUCAGGUCCCGUCUGAGCAGGAGGGAAAGCGCACUCUUCGUGCUCCUACCUUCUUCGUUGCUCAGGAAGAUCACUCCUUCAAGGCUGAGUUCUUCCCUGUUGGCUCUGAGGCUGAACGUCGUAUCUCUUUCUUUGCGCAGUCGCUCUCGACUCCUAUCCCUGAGCCUCUGCCUGUUGACAACAUGCCCACCUUCACUGUCUUGGUUCCCCACUACUCUGAGAAGAUUUUGCUGUCGCUCCGUGAGAUUAUCCGUGAGGACGAUCAGUUUGCUCGUGUCACUCUCCUUGAGUACCUCAAGCACCUCCACCCCUCUGAGUGGGAGUGCUUCGUCAAGGACACCAAGAUUCUCGCUGAGGAGACUGGAAACUUCAACGGUGGUGCCAACUCUGAGAAGGAAGAGGACAGCGCCAAGUCGAAGAUUGAUGAUUUGCCGUUCUACUGCGUUGGUUUCAAGACUGCUGCUCCCGAGUACACUCUCCGCACUCGUAUCUGGGCUUCGCUCCGUUACCAGACUCUCUACCGUACUAUUUCUGGAUUCAUGAACUACUCGCGUGCUAUCAAGCUUCUCUACCGUGUUGAGAACCCUGAGGUUGUGCAGAUGUUUGGUGGCAACACCGACAAGCUUGAGCGUGAGCUCGAGCGCAUGGCCCGCCGCAAGUUCAAGUUCUUGGUUUCGAUGCAGCGUCUUGCCAAGUUCAAGCCCGACGAGAUGGAGAACACUGAGUUCUUGCUCCGUGCCUACCCUGAUCUUCAGAUUGCCUACCUCGACGAGGAGUCUCCUCUCAACGAGGGUGACGAGCCCCGUAUCUUCUCUGCUUUGAUUGACGGACACUGUGAGAUCAUGGAGAACGGCAAGCGUCGUCCCAAGUUCCGCAUUCAGCUCUCGGGUAACCCCAUUCUCGGUGACGGAAAGUCUGACAACCAGAACCACGCUUUGAUCUUCUACCGCGGUGAAUACAUCCAGCUUAUCGAUGCCAACCAGGACAACUAUCUCGAGGAAUGUCUCAAGAUCCGUUCAGUUCUUGCUGAGUUUGAGGAGAUGACUCCUGACAACACCAACCCUUACAUCCCUGGCGAGCCUGCUUCUGAGUUCAACCCUGUUGCUAUUCUUGGUGCUCGUGAGUACAUUUUCUCGGAGAACAUUGGUAUUCUUGGUGACAUUGCUGCCGGAAAGGAACAGACCUUUGGUACCUUGUUUGCCCGUACUCUUGCUCAGAUUGGUGGAAAGCUGCAUUACGGUCAUCCUGAUUUCCUCAACGGUGUCUUUAUGACUACCCGUGGUGGUGUUUCCAAGGCUCAGAAGGGUCUGCACUUGAACGAAGAUAUUUUUGCUGGUAUGAACGCUUUGCUCCGUGGUGGUCGUAUCAAACAUUGUGAAUACUACCAAUGCGGUAAGGGACGUGAUCUUGGAUUUGGUUCGAUUCUUAACUUCACCACCAAGAUUGGUGCUGGUAUGGGAGAGCAGAUGCUUUCGCGCGAGUACUACUACCUUGGUACUCAGCUUCCUCUCGAUCGCUUCUUGUCUUUCUACUAUGCUCAUCCCGGUUUCCAUAUCAACAACUUGUUCAUUAUCUUGUCUGUGCAGUUCUUCAUGCUUGUGCUUUGCAACAUUGGUGCUCUUGCGCAUGAGACUAUUUCUUGCUACUACGAUAAGGACUUGCCUAUCACCGAUCCCGAGAUUCCUAUUGGUUGCUACGAGACUCAGCCCACUAUUGACUGGGUCAAGCGCUGCAUUCUGUCUAUCUUCAUUGUCUUCUUCAUUUCGUUCAUUCCUUUGAUUGUUCAGGAAGUGAUGGAGCGUGGAAUCUGGCACGCGGCUAAGCGUCUCUGCAAGCACUUUUUGUCUACGUCGCCAUUGUUCGAGGUCUUCGUGUGUCAGAUCUAUGCUCACUCGCUUUUGACUGACUUGAGCUUUGGUGGUGCGCGAUACAUUGGAACCGGACGUGGAUUUGCGUUCACCCGUAUUCCGUUCUCUGUGUUGUACUCUCGAUUUGCUGGACCUUCGAUCUACUUUGGAGCCCGAUCGUUUGCGAUGCUGCUGUUUGCGACAUUGUCAAUGUGGAACGCUGCGUUGCUUUGGUUCUGGCUUUCGCUGUUUGCGAUGUGCGAGUCGCCGUUUAUCUACAACCCGCACCAGUUUGCCUGGACUGAUUUCUUCCUCGACUACCGUGAUUUCAUCAGAUGGUUGUCUCGUGGUAACACCAAGUGGCACAAGAACUCGUGGAUUGGCUACUGCCGCCUUGUUCGUACCCGCAUCACUGGAUACAAGCGCAAGACUCUUGGAGACGAGUCCGAGAAGGGCGUUGCUGAUGUUCCGCGUGCACACUUUACGACUAUCUUCUUUGCUGAGAUUGGUGGACCCGUGAUUGUUGCUGCUGCGGUUGUUGUGCCGUACUUCUACAUCAACGCUCAGACUGGUAUCUACAACGCCACUGAGGUCAACUCUGUCUUGCGUCUUGUUAUCUGCGUGUUUGGACCUAUUGUGAUCAACAUGGGCUGUCUCGCUGUUUUGUUUGGUCUUGCGUGCUGCGCUGGACCUAUUAUGGGACUUUGCUGCAAGCAGACUGCUGCGGUGAUGGCCGGUGUUGCUCACGGAGUUGCGGUUAUUGUUCAGAUUGUGUUCUUUGAGGUUAUGUGGCUGUUGCAGAACUGGGAGUUCCAGAAGGCGCUCUUGGGUAUGAUUGCUUCGGUUGCUGUCCAGAGAGUGAUUUUCAACUUCUUGACUGUUACUUGCCUCACUCGUGAGUUCAAGCACGAUCAUUCCAACCGCGCUUGGUGGUCCGGAAAGUGGUACGGCAGCGGUAUGGGCUGGGAGGCCUUUACUCAGCCGUCGCGCGAGUUUGUGUGCAAGGUUGUUGAGUUGUCGAUGUUUGCCGGAGACUUUAUUCUCGGACACUUGCUGUUGUUUGUGUUGGGACCCGCUGUUUGCUUCCCGUACAUUGACAAGUGGCACUCGAUGAUGUUGUUCUGGCUGCGACCUUCGCGCCAGAUCCGCCCUCCUAUCUUUUCGCUUAAGCAGAACACGCUCCGCAAGCGCAUGGUUCGCAAGUACGCGACUUUGUACUUUGGAUUGUUUGUGCUGUUUAUCGUUUUGAUUGUCGCUCCUGCUGUUGCUGGUGAGUUUUGA